GGCACUAGGACCAAGGCGUGCCAAUGACGGCGCCGAGCGGGCUGUUUAAACGGGCCACUGCAGGAUCCAAAUUGCCAUAUGGUCUUAUUCUUCUGCCUGUGAUUCCUGACUCUGAUUUGUUUCCUGUUGCCGAACACAGCCUGCUCCUGACUAUUGUUGACCAUCACCUGCCCUGACCCCUGGCUUGUCUCUGGAUAUUCUUCUGCCUUCAUCUUAUCAUUUUACCUCCUGUUGCUGAACCUGGCCUGUAACCCGACGAUCCCUCUGCCUGCUGCUCUGGUCUGCUCUGCCUCCUUGGAUACCAAACCCGACCCGCCUGACUCCGCUACUUGCCUCCCGGUGCAUCCGCAU